CCUAGUCUCCUAGUAAGCUUCUAUAAAAGGAUAGAAUAGAAAGAAUAGAGAAGAAUAAGAGCACCAUCUUCACUAGAAAACAAUGUCAAGUGUUACUUUUCUCCUGGCCUUGAUCAUGGUAGUAGCUUUGUCUAUGUUUCCUUCCAUAGUAGGUGCAAUAGGGGAGCACCGGCUAAGGUGGGUGCUUAAGACAACAACACCAUGCCAAGGCUCCAUAGAAGAGUGCAUGGCAGAUGGUGAGUUUGGAAUGGACUCAGAGUCUCACCGGCGCAUUCUAGCAACCUCGCAGUAUAUAAGCUACAAGGCGCUGCAACGUAACACCGUGCCAUGCUCUAGGAGGGGUGCUUCCUACUACAACUGCAAGCCAGGUGCAGAUGCUAAUCCUUACACUCGUGGCUGCCCCACCAUCACUCGUUGCCGUAACUCUUAGAACAACAACUUUGUGCAUGUUUGAGUUACCGUUUUCAUGGCUCAAAAUCACGUUUACAAAAGAAUCUCACUGGAUACUUAUGCGUUAGAAGUGCGUUGAAAUGACGGCAACCCAAACAUGUGCUUUCUUUCUACUCUUUCAUUUUCCUUACUGCUCUGCCUUCCAGUUAUCAUGAUCAGGCUUGUUAUGCUUUAUUUUGAAUGCUGUUUUUCUCUUUCUUUUUGUAACAUUAUGUAAAUUAAUCUUAACUGGUGUGCCUAUUGUAAAGAUUUUUGUGUUCUUUCGUUUGCU